GAGCUGGCCUUUAUGGAUAGGAGAGCUGUCAGAGGCCCCAGUUGAUCUCCAGAACCAGCAAGAGGAAGGAGGGACGAGAGGAGAAUCUGGAUUGGAGACAGUUUAGGAUACCGUCAGGGCCAAAUAGAGGGGCAGCAGCAGUGCUCCGGGGGCAGUAGAGGCAAGAAGAUGCGACGGGGAGCUCAGCAGUACGUAGUGGCCAGGCCACUGUACUCGGAAGAGUCCUUCGCCGAGGACCAUGAGACUGUCUACAGGCACCGCAAGACCAUGCUGGACCACAUCAAGCAGUACUUCACAUGUGACGCCAGACGAGCCAAGAACACAGCUCUUUCUCUCCUGCCGGUCAUCGCCUGGAUGAAGAUCUACCGCAUCAAAGAGUGGCUGCUCAGUGACAUCGUGUCCGGCAUUAGCACCGGCCUGGUGGCUGUGCUGCAAGGUCUGGCCUACUGUCUGCUGGCCUCUCUACCUCCCUGGUAUGGACUCUUCUCUGCCUUCUUCCCCGUCGUCCUUUACUUUUUCCUGGGCACAUCCCGACACAUCUCAGUGGGUCCGUUCCCAGUCUUGUGUCUGAUGAUCGGCUCGGUGGUCACCAGGUUGGUCCCUGACGAGGGUCUACCCCACAACAUCACAGGCUUUGAAGGCCUCACCAGAGACGAACAGAGAGUGUUGGUGGCGUCUUCUGUAACCUUCCUCGCCGGUAUCAUGCAGCUAGCGAUGGGUAUCCUGCAGGUGGGGUUUGUUGUCAUGUACCUGUCCGACACCCUGGUGUCUGGCUUCACCACGGCGGCCGCCGUCCACAUCUUGGUGUCCCAGCUCAAGUUUGUGUUGGGGCUGACUGUCCCAGGCCUCAGCGGUCCCCUCGCGCUCAUAUAUACCCUGGAGAUCAUCUUCAAUAAAAUCACCUCCACCAACGUGUGUGACGUGGUAAUUUCCUUGACAAUCAUGGUGGUGGUUUUCGUCGUGAAGGAGCUGAACGACCGUUUCAAAUCCAAGCUGCCCGUGCCCAUCCCCAUAGAGGUUAUCAUGACUGUCAUUGCGUGUGGAGUUUCAUACGCAUUUGACUUCAAGACAAGAUACGGCAUUGACGUUGUCGGCUAUAUUCCAAAGGGGUACGAGCCUCCGAUGGCACCGAACCUGCACAUCUUCCAGGAGACAGCAGUCGAGGCAUUUCCCAUGGCGAUAGUGGGUUUCGCUGUUGCCUUCUCCGUGGCAAAAGUCUAUUCAGUAAAACACGACUACACUAUAGACGGAAACCAGGAGCUGAUAGCUUUUGGAGCCAGCAACAUAUUUGGAGCUUCCUUCAAGUCGUUUGCUGCGAGUACAGCCCUCUCCAGGAGUGCAGUGCAGGAAAGCACAGGUGGUAAGACCCAGGUGGCUGGUUUACUAUCUGCUAUCAUAGUGAUGAUCGUCACACUGGCCAUCGGAUUCCUACUUGAGCCGCUCCCCAAGUCUGUGCUGGGUGCUGUGGUCAUCGUCAACCUAAAGGGCAUGCUGAUGCAGUUCAGAGACGUCCCGUACUUGUGGCGGAGGGACAAGCCAGACUGUGUGGUGUGGUUGGGUACCUGCAUCGCAGCCAUUUUGCUAGGGCUGGAUCUCGGAUUGGCUGCAGGCCUCGGCGUGGAGCUGAUCAGUGUUGUCCUCAGGGCUCAGUUCCCCCGCUGCAGUGUGCUGGCCAACAUCAAUGGAACUGAUAUCUACAAAGACCGAAAAGAUUAUGUUGAUAUAUAUGAGCCAGAGGGAGUGAAGAUCUUCAGGAUACCAUCACCAAUCUUCUUUGCCAACAUUGAGUUCUUCAGGAGCAAACUGGUGGAAGCUGUUGGAUUUAACCCCCUCAGAGUGUUGAGAAAGAGAAACAAAGCACUCAGGCGGAUCCGGAAACUUCUAAAGAAGGGAGACCUUCAGUGGACAUCAAAAGGCUUCCUGAACACCUCAUGUGGACCCAUCAAAGAGUCGGAGGAUGAGAGCAACAUGGAGGAGCUAGAUCUGCCUACUGACUUCAAGGACCUCCCGACCCGGAUCGACUGGAGCGCCGAGCUUCCCGCCAACAUCAUUGUUCCCAGAGUCGACGUCCACAGCCUGGUCCUGGACUUUGCUGCGGUUUCCUUCCUGGACAUCUCUGCUCUGAAGGGACUGAAAACAAUGCUGAAAGAGCUGAUCCGGGUGGAAGUUGAGGUUUACAUUGUGGCUUGUGAUCCUUACAUCUUGGAGAAACUGCAUGACUGUUGCUUCUUUGAUGAUGAAGUUCAGCCAUCAAUGUUCUUCCUGACUCUGCACGACGCCAUGCUGUACAUCCAUGAGAAACAUCCAGGGUCCACAGAAAAGAAAUCUGACUUUGAGAAGAUUAUAACAACGGUGACAGUUCAUCAACCUGGAGGCAGCUUGAGGAGCAGAGACAGACAUGCUCCAUAUCCAGAAACCAAGUUCUGACUUCCGAAUAAGAAGAUGUGGAUUUCUGAGAAGAAAAUCCCCAAACCGUGUACGAAAUAAAGAUUAAUUGUUUGACAAAUCACUUUGUCAACUACAAUACACAGUAACGAAAUACUGUUUUUAUACAUUCAAUGAUUUGAGUUUACAUAUACAGUAUUUACUGUAAUGUAAAAACUUAUGUAUGGAAUUUAUGUUUUUUUUAAACUGUAUAUAGUGGAUUUGUGGGAAAUGUAGGUGCAAUAUAUUUUACAUUUUGUACAGUUAUAUUUUCAUGAUUAGGGGAAAAAAUCCCAGCAAACUUGUCUCUAAAGCAAUGUGAAAAAGACUGAAUGUGCAGCGGCUGAAAUAUGGAAAUAAAUAUUCCUCCACUCUAAAUGAUUCCAUUCAAUGUUUCUAGUUUCUAAUCGGCAUUAUCAAAACUUUACGGCUGCUACAUUCAUACUAGACAUAAAGGCUGGACAGGCUGGUUUGUUUUAUCCUCGUUGAGAAUCUGGCAAUAGGCACCACUAAAGCCUCAAUAUCAAUGGACAUGUUAGGCUUAAGGAUUUCAUGAAAGCUCACUUUCACUACUGCUUCUUUCACCAUGACAUUGCGUGCUGAUGAUUAAAUUACCAGUCAGGGGGGAUUUGAAAAAUGAACAUAAUGUUUAAAUAACCUGUAAAAACGUAUCAGGACUGUGUGGGGAUGGUUACAUCAGAUUUUAUUGACAAUAUUUAGUCGAUUUAAAAGAAAUGUUUUGGUACGCUCUGAUGAGCGAAACUUAUUUCUGCUCUAUUACUUGAAGUUGAAACCAUGUCAUACAAUUUCUGUCUGUCUUUUUGUGUUUUUUACUCACCUUCUGUUGUUUAAUCCUUUUAAUAUCUCCUGUAUGUUUCCUAGUUGAUCUGAGGUAAAGGAUACUGAAGAAAGUCAUUUCUAAAUAAGAGUGUUAUAACAUAUAACCUAACAUAAUAAACGUUAUAUGGCACCCAC